UAGGGACUGAAAUCAUCGUCAUGCGUGACCCUGGCUCAGAGUCUCUCCUUGGUGAUGUCGAUGCUCCUUACCUUUGGUAGCAGGGAGUCUCAGAUGGGAAUCUCAGCUCACAAUUGCAUCAGACCAACCCACAACAAAUGCCAAAGAGAGCACGGGCAAAGGUUAUCCCCGUAUUCGCAGGGAUGGUCACGAUUUCCCUCAGACUCGAAUGGUCUACCUGGGGUGCGGGGGAUUGCACGCCCGCAGUAUCGUCUACUCGUAUCAAGUAACCUUGCACGCGCAUCAUGUUGGCUUUGCGCCAGUCGAAUGAGGUACGAGUCCCCUGCAGCACUGAUCUUACAUGUAAUCUCAAGAUCAGCUGAAGCUUGGCUUUUAGUCUGCAGCAGGCUGACAUGCAGUACCGUUUGGAACACGGGGGUUAAGUUGGCCGAUUGCUCAAUGAAAAGCCACAGGUGGUUCUGGAAUGUGACGAUUGGGGUGGCAGCGGCGGAAUGGCUUGACAGCAUCCGCGCGAUCGACACUGAAGCGCACAUCUCAGCCAGUGGUGCUGAUGGUCGAGUCUCAGCGAUCUUGUCUAACAGCUCUUCUCUGAAUGCUACGGUCUGGUUGCAACCUCGCUUACAAUGGUGAAGUCCGGUCCGGGGAAUGAAAGUCCGUUGCACGGAU